UCGCGAUCGCUCAACGAAGCCACUCGUGCGCAGGUUGAUUAUACAGGGUGAACUCCGUAUUUUUUUUUUUCGUACUUUUUUCUAUAUAAUGUUAUUGCAAGCAUUCUGUUUGUGAUAGUGAGUGUUACUGAUAGUGCUUUUAAGUGGAGUGCUGUGAUAAAUUUAUUUGUUACAAAAUGUUUCCUAGGAUUCAAGGCUUGGUGAGUAAUUUUUUCCACUCGGUGACGGACAAACGGUCACACAACAACGAAUGUGGAGAGAACAGCGUUACCAUAGUAACGGAGAAGAAGAUAGAAGAUGAUUCCUCAGACUCUUCUAGUGGAGAAAACGUGGAGAUUGAAGAUAAAUCUCUACCACUAGUACAGCCAGCUCUGGUAGCCCCGGAAGAAGGUCAUGCAGCUCAAUGUGCCUGCCCCAACUGUGAUGAACUCCUGUCACGAUUCUCAGAAUGCAGCAUAUGCUUGGAACCAUUACAAUGUUGCGGUCCCUGCGUAUGCCCAUGGUGCGGCGGUGUUUGGUGCGGGCGGUGUUCCCGGCGUAUGUCACGGUGUGCGUGGUGCAGGGGAGCGCUUAGGGCUCCGGCUGCCCCCUGCCUGGCUCUGCAGCGACUUAUCAACGAUCUCAUGCUACCGUGUCGGAACUAUAGACGCGGUUGCACAGAACUUCUCACAGCGGUAACGAGAGUGAAGCAUGAAGAAGACUGCAAAUUCGACACCAUGAUCUGUCCCAUCACAGCCAACUGCUGCUCAGUACCCUUCGAGGAACUAUCAUCACAUCUACAGAACAAUCACAAUAUCAUCGCGGUAUACUCACAGAAGAUCAAAAUCUUAAUAGAAAACUUCCAAACGAAGUUGAAGAAAACAGCGUGCUGUAGAACAAAAUACAAGAUUAUAUUGCUGCACCAGAAAAGCGCUUUCAUCAUUAAAGUAUGUAUCUACAACUACCAUGUAAGAGUAGAAGUGAUGAGGAGGAAGCUUGGCUACAUCGCCGAUGUGAAGUCAGAAACGAAGAAAAGCGAUUACUGCGCUUUGAUAGAAUUCCAAAGCAAAGCCCUUUGCACUAAAUCUGCUAUCCUCAUAGAGAAUGAAGCGUACGGCAAGAAGGCUGAAGUACAAUGGAACGAUGUGGUCAUGAAAUCAGAAAACGACGAAGCCAUCACUAUUCAUGUAAAUAUCGGUAAAUCAGACUCAGAUUUACUUAGAAAAGAUUACGCUGAAUCUUGAACGAUUGAUGAAAAAUUUUAUAGUGAUGUUCUUCUAUUUACGAAAGCAUCAUUUCGCUUUGAACAAGCGGGUGCUGAGAAUAUCGAGUGUGGCAUCGAUGCUAGUGUGCUCAAUGCAGUGACAGACUAUUUUACAAUAAUUCACAAUUAUCAUUCCGAUUAGAUUAUGCAUUUAAAUAUAAAAAUAGAAUCAUUUGUAUUUAAUGACGAUGUGAUUGAGACGCUUGGAUUAAGUAAUGCUGUUGGUGGUUUUCGCAAACUCAAGUGAGAUGAUAAAAAAGAUGAUAUUGGAAAUGUUAAUGAAGAUCCACAAUUUUUGUGGAAAAUGAUGAUGUUACGGCUAUUAUUUGUCUAAAUAAAGCUCCUGUUAACAUUAUUAAAAAUAAUCAUAUAGAGGGAAUUAUAUCAAGAGGUGAAUUCUAAAAAUGACCUCUAAAACGUGUAUUAAAUGUUUAACUAAAUACUUGAGUUUGCGAAUAACCGCCAAUUGUGACUGAUGUAGCCUUAGUAUUAGAAUAAUGUAUAGUAUUUAAGAAUAUAUUAUAUGUAAGAUAAAAAUACAUCCUUAGAUUUUUUAA